AUGGCUUCUCAGUACUCUUCCAACGCCCCUCUCCCCCAGGGCUUCUCGGUCUACCAGCCUCAGCUUGGCGCUCAGCUUCAGUUCUUCCCUGCUCUUGGCUCACAAGAACUCGAUGACAUGAUGAACGCCUACAUCCCCGGCCCGGCUGCUCUCAAAGAGAAGCGAGCGACCAUCUCACUCGACUUCUUGGAGCAUUCGCAGCUCACUGGCCAGACGUUCAAGUUUUACCCCGUCUACUACUCAUCCAGCCCUGUCGCCGCCUCUCCAGUCAACUCAAUCGCCACCUCUUCCUUCAACACAUCUCCAGUUAACUCGACAUUGGACUGGAGUCAGGCAUCCGCCUCUCCCUCAAUGUCUUCCCGCUCCUCAAUUUCCAAGAGCCGCAGAACCUCCAAGUCUAACAACCUGGUGGCUCGCUAUUCUGCGAUCGAUCUCUCAAACCUGCCCGGUAUGAAGAUCAUGACCAAGGAUGGUGAGGACGUCACAGAUUCUGCCUCUCGAGGUUCCAAGACAAAGGAGCAGCGUGAUCACGCACACCUCAUGCGCAUCAUCAAGGCCUGCGAUAGCUGUAGACGGAAGAAGAUCCGCUGCGAUCCCGACCACAAGAAGCGUUCAGCCUCUCAAACACAGCCUCAAUCUGCAACAAAAGCAGCAAAGAAGGCACGCACAUCACUACCAGCAGCGGCGAUACCAGCACCUCAGAAACCGGUGGCUGCUGGUGUUUCAAUCUCUAAAUUAGACGACAAUCCGGGCAGACCGAUGUCACUUCUUGGCAUUGAUCCUACCUUCACAUUUGCUGGCUUGGACAGCUUCGAGUCCACUGACCAGAUCACCGAGUCAUGGGAAGAAUUCAUCCAGUACCCUCCCGCGGACGUGGAGGACAACUACGACUUCUUCCUCGACCCCCAGGGCUACUUCUCCUCCUCCCAAUCCUCUGCCUCCUCCUCUUCUGCCUCGCCUUCCAAGGCGCUUACGCCCGCGUCGCAGCAAGAUCUGCUGGCCGUCUCUGGCCUUGAAGAGAGUGAAGGAACGUCGUCACAAUCCACCUCACCACAACUUCCGUUCAUGCAAGACAACUACGCCGGCUCUGCCAGCAGCUACACCGACUUCAACCUCUUCUCGCCUUCGUCCACCUUCUCCGAGGAUGACCGCAUGGUUCCGAUUUCGUCCACGCGGCUGCUCAGCCCAAGCCAGCCCUCGGCUUCAGGAUCUGAAACUGCCUUCUUCGACAGCUUCGAUCCAGAUGGCCAUACGCUUGCAACGGAUUGGAGCGGCACGAGUGAGCCAGUAUCUCCCCUGGAGACUGGCGGCCUCGUUGCGGCUGCCAACACAAGCCUGCCGUGGUAUGAUCCGGGUCACAACGCGGUAGCGAACCCUGAUCAGGAUCCACGCGGCGGUGUCAGCGUGAUAACUCCCACUGGUUGGGUAGGCGGUGUUCGUAUAGCUCAUUCAACGGGUGGUUCUCUGCUUGUUACGAUGGAGUCUGGAAGUGGCAUGGAAGUGAUUGCGAAUAGCGCACCUCCUGGACGUUCAGAUGUAUCUGAAUCCGAGAUUGUAUCAAUUGCGAUCCACGGAAGUGGCACAUCAGUUGAUGUUACCACAAGACAAUCUGCAAGCACCGCACCGCAGUUCAGCGGCGACAUACAAGAUGGAUUAUUGUACGACACAUCGCCAACCGAGCGUGGCAGAAUCGCAAGUGAAACACCAGCUCGUCAUUCAUCUUGGUUAUCACCCGGCCAAGCCGACGACUUCCGAACCGUAUGUCAUGCCGCAAUCACAGCUACCGCCGCUCUCUUGACGACUAACAUGGGCAAGCAGGAACUCACGAGCGAACGUCCUGUCGCGUCCGCAUCCGCAUCCGCGCCCUCUUCGCUGGCGACCGCCACGAACCGUCCAGUCCGGUUCUCGACGGGCUCGGAAGAGUCACCCGCAAGGGUAUGCGAUGCCACCGAAUCCACAACGCACCGUUCGGCCCAGCUAACUCUUUUCAAGGUCCAACCCGAACUUGCCGCCAACCGCAGCGUGAUACCUGGUGCUUCCCCCGGCGUUUCGCCUGGUGGAUUGCGAGCAUCACUUAGCGAGUCCAAUGCUCUACGUGCAACUGCCCAUACAAGUGCCGGCGAGGAUACUACGGUUCCUGCCUCCUCUACUGCCCUUGCUUGGCCUCAUAUUUCGGAUGUUAGGACUCCUGAGAUUCUCAGGAAUCGCAGCGGCCUGCCUGCUCAGCAACCAAGCGGCGAGAUCAACGUACACCAGCAGUCGUCGGCGUCUCGGAGCGACAACGGAAUUCAACCAUUGUCGCCCCUUCUCCUGCAGGCGAUAUCGCCCAUGGAGGAUGUUCGCGCUGCUGAUGAACGUGCCGCUUUGUUUACGAACCAGCCAAGCCAGUUCUCGCUCCGCCAAGUCCAAACUACAGAAGCCGCUGCUGCGAUGUUGGUCGCUACUCUUGUUGGCGCCGCGUUCGCUGGCAUGAUUGGUCUUUCUGCCGGUGUCUCUUUCGCUUCCCUCAUCCUCGCGAUGGCAUCCGUCCUUCAACGCCUUGCAAUUCCCAGUGGAGCAAAGGAAACCUUUGCGUCGGCACCAUCGGCAAUGUCAAGUUCAAGAUCCACGGAGCAUGCCUACCCUUGGGCUGGCCCUCCCCUACGGAAACACCAACCUUUGGUAUCACGAGACAGGACGUCUUGUCUCGCUUCCCGUUUCUCUUCUUUCCUCAAUGGAGCCGUUGGCACCGCCUUGGUAGCUCCCGUGUUGGGCUAG